GCCUGAAUGCAUAGUAGUCAAAUCUCCCUAGAAAAACCCCACUACAGAGUGGUCUACAAUGGACGCGUCAGCAUCAUAGACACAACACAUGUUUGCAAAGGCAAAUGCACACAUAAAUAAUGUUCCGUGAGUGCGCUGUGUAGACGCGUAAAGAUCAACCAUCUUGAGGUUAUACGUUAGUAACUCAGUAAACUGUGGUCUGAAAUUCCAUCGCGGUCCCGCCCCAAGUGUAUCCUUGUUUCGGUAUAUUUGGUCCAUUCAUGAACCAAAGCCGAGAACUCGAGACGAUGAUGAUAAACUGUGGUCGUAGUAGUCACGUACAACACAUCGUCUCGUAGUAAUUGGCAGUAAUACCCAGUUAUACCGUGGUGGCAGUGGUGCAGGGACUCAUUCUACAGUUUAGUGUGGGUUUGUGUACUAUAAAUAAACCUAAUGAAGGGAGCUCGGAAUGUUUUAACAAUUCUACGAAAGCAGAAUUAAAACUGACCGUCUACUAAGUAAGCAGUGUGUUGAAAAGGUGCGGUGAUGGUCGUUAGAGGUUGAAAAAGAAGACAAGAAAAAAAGUACACAAAGAUUGGUGGAAGUGCAGCGUUUCAACGAAGAUAAAUUUGAGUGAAAGUACAUAAGGCAACCAGCGGCGUUAAUCUCUGGGUUAAUCGGUGCAGUUUUUUGGUACACGUAGUAAUUCUUCACCGAUAGAUUGAGAAAAAUUUUGCUUCUAUGUAUGUAACUCUCUAGCAUAGUGGGCAUAGUGUAGCGGUAGGUACUGUAGCGAUUGAAAACAUCGUAACCUGUGCGUCCGCCAUUUUGAAAUUACGCACGUCGCUGCUGAAAAUCGUGCGUGUUUUUAGUUAUUUUUUUCGAUUGAUAGUUACAAAAUCACGGAGUUCACGAUUGAGUCGAAGAUCAACAACAAAUGUUUAAAUGGACGCAUCGUCCAUUAUAACCCAAGUUUCGCGGGAUGACGAACUAGGCCAGUUUAACAACGAGAAAGUUCAAUUACCAAAGGAAAAUGAAGUUGCCAGUGGGCCAAGAAAUGGAAAGAAGCCAAGAGGGCGAGGCCUUCUACGGUCCUUGCUCUGUUGCUUGGGACGAGGACGUGGCAGUAGUUCGAAAAGUUCGAAAGCCAGUUCUUUGCAGGGUGAUGGAAGAGUUUCGCCAUCCCUUGGUAGCGGCUCCCCUCGGUUUUUAUUACCCCCAGUUCGCCACCAGGACAUGCAUAAAAAGUGCAUGGUGAUUGAUUUGGACGAAACGUUAGUUCAUAGUUCAUUCAAGCCGAUUAAUAAUGCUGAUUUUGUCGUACCCGUCGAAAUAGAUGGUACAGUGCAUCAGGUCUAUGUACUAAAGAGGCCUUAUGUCGAUGAAUUUUUACAAAGAAUGGGCGAGCUCUACGAGUGUGUUUUAUUCACUGCCAGCCUUGCCAAGUACGCUGACCCGGUAGCAGAUCUAUUGGACAGAUGGGGCGUAUUCAGGGCAAGAUUGUUCAGAGAGUCGUGUGUCUUCCACAGAGGAAAUUAUGUUAAGGACCUUAACAAGUUGGGUCGAGAUCUUCAGCAGAUUAUAAUUGUUGACAACAGUCCUGCUAGCUACAUUUUUCAUCCAGACAAUGCGGUACCGGUGGCGUCGUGGUUCGAUGAUAUGACAGACUCGGAACUGCUGGACCUGAUACCUUUUUUUGAGAAGCUUACCAAGGUGGAUAACAUCUACACGGUACUUUGCAACAGUAAUCAUCCCUACAACCAGGCUCCAUCUACGCGACAAAAUAGUCCAAGCCCAGUUUCAAGUCCGCCUGUUGUCAACUCCUAGCAAAGUCAGUCAUCUGGUUUAGCAGCCAGCAACAGCAUCCCUCAGCACUCCGUAAGGAGGGCUCUUAUCCGUGCCCUCUACAUCGCUCACUUGUUGUGUUACGGACAGCCAACUGUGCCCAGCUAGGUUACAGACAGACUAGUAUACAUCCAGAUUUGUUCACUAGUCCUGCGUAAUGCAAUUGAACAUAAACGAAGCGAGCUUAGAACUCGGUGUGAUGGUUCAAUGUGCUUAACCAGCGACUCUAGCUUUUUUUAUCGACAGAUAAUGAUCAAAGUAUAAUAUUACUCUGAGCAUUAAGGAGCUUGCUUCUUAUUCUCCUUGCCCCAAAUUGUCGACUAUAAUACCUCUGCCUUGAUUACGACCAUCCACAACCAAUAACCAAGGUAUUAUUCUUUAAUCUGACGACGGUUUGUAUUUGGUCUGUAUUUCAAUCCAUUAGAUGGGUCUAACACAGUAAGAAGAGUUUCAAAUUUUGGUCGAUGUCUGAGAGGAUUGAAAUCAACUGCUUUAGCUGACAAAGCAGCAGUCGAAGUAUAGAAGAAAGAUGGAGUUAUGCUUCAACGAAUUUGAAAUUUGUUGCUAUAAUCCAUCUCUAAAGCUUAUUGAAAAUUGGUACGUUUCUACUAGGAGAUCUACCUUUGCUGUUUAUUAAACGGGAUAUGACAUUUAAGACUACCGAUAGAAAAUAAAUACAUACAUCGUGAGAUAUUUUUGGACGUUGUAAAAUGACGCAAAAUGCAUAUGGUUUAAAAUCAACACACUUUGUAUUCAACGUUGGUUUUUCAAAUGAAGUUAAACACGUAGAUAUUUAUGGGUAAACGCUACUAAUAUUCGACAAAGUAUCACCCCGUAAGGUAAUACUGUGCUUUACCACAAGAUUUUCCACCGUUAUCUGAAAAAUUGUGCCGAAUUUAUAUCAAAUUCUUUCUGUUUUCACUUUUUUGGAUCAAAGAAAUGCUCAAUACAACUCCAACAAAAUAAUAAUAGCUCGCUAAAACAGUCGUAAUCAAAAAGGGGAUGGUGAAAUAGAUUGAUAGAUUGCUUUCCGAUUUCUUUAAAUGAGAAUGAAUUAGUUUGAAUACAUUCUAGAAACGUGUGAAGAUUUGCUAAUGGAAUACUGCUUCAGAAAAAUUGGAAAUAACGUUGAGAUGAACUUACUUGUAAUUAUAAAUAUUUUUUCACACAAUCAAUUUUGAAUAUUACAUUUAGCAUAAAAACAGUAAUUACUGAUUUCUCACGUGCAACUUCUUUCACUUAUGUUUUAUGUUUCUAAUCCUAAUCUAAUACCUACCCACAUAUUUGAUUUUUCUGAUGCGCAGAUUUUGAUCACAGUUCUUCCAUUCUUCCAUACACGACAAUUAGAUGCAUUUAUACAGUAAAAUAAUUUAUAAUAGUGGUACAGUUUAUUAUUAAAUGUCACUGCUGUUAAUACCGUGGUGCAAUCAGUUACGAUUGGUAUUGUUUAAAUUAAUUAUAUGUUGACAACAGCAUGUCGACCAUGAGAUGUAACUAAAUUGGAUAUUGCAUAUCAAACAUGCUAAGUACUGAACUGCUCACUGCAGGGUAUUUAAAAAAAUUUCAGUUCCAUUUUUUUCA